GCUCCGCAGCUUCGGAGUAAGGACAAUUUAACCCUGCUGAGAAUGGGGCUUGGUAGUUUCACUGCUCAUAAAUGGUGACUGCUACUUCAUUUAGGCAUAUAUACACAGAUUUUUUUUUUUCAGAGCUAAUAUAUAUGUGUCUCUAUAUAUGAGUCUAUAAGUUAUUCAGUAGUAUAAAUUAGAUGACUAUAUGGAGAACAUAUCAAUUAUAAAGCCCAGAUAUUUUCCAUUUAGGAAAAUUAAGGAAUAUUUCCCUUUGAGGUGUUUUUUCUGUUGCUUCAUAUGCCAGUUGCAGAAAUAUUGCGAGAGUUUCAUCAGUUCCUCUUUGUUAUCCCAAACGUGAGCCCAUCAAAGGAAUUUCAGUGAACUCUCAUUUCCCUUCCCCUGUGUUCAUAGGCAUACAUAACUUUCCUUUGGUCAGUGCACCUGUUGAUUAGCUGGGAAUAUUUUCCUCUUAAAAUAUCUUGCAGCAAUAUUUUCUUGCAUAUGGUACACAGGUUUGAAUACCCAGCCAUUUAUGUGCCUGAUAAAGAUAGAGACCAUUGACAUGUGAAUCCUCUUUGUGCAGGCAGGUCAUACCUAAAUGGGUGGAAUUAUGUGUGACCAGGUUACAGUCUAGUUUAUGUAUUUAUUUAGAAACUGGACAGAAUUUUUGCAGAUGAUCAGCUAAUUGAUUUUAACAGGUUGUCUUAUGUUGACUUUUGGACUAGACCAACAUAACAUCUUUAUUUGCAAAUGAGGCUUUUCUGUCCCUGCACAGGAAAAUGCAUUGCCCUGCAAUUACCAAGGAGCCACUGAUAAUGGUGAAAAUGUGGUAAAAUUAAAGAGAAGUAAAAACUGGUCUUUAGUAACUGAGUAUUUCUCCAUAUACCAUCUGCUUUGUUUGUGGGUUUUGCCAUGGAUGCCCACUCUGCCCAGCUACACUUCUGUAACAGCACUUCAGCCCCAAAUUUUUACAAAUUUCCAAAUAUUCCCAUUUGGAAAAUGUCCAAACUAGGCCUUUGGCAGCAUGAUGGACAGCUCUCAUUAGAAAGCAUGAAAUGAAACAGUCUCAGGGUCCAGCCAGGAAUGCCAAUGUCCCAUUACAUAUCGCUCUGUCAUACUUCCCUUUGGCAAUGAGAGUGUAACAUGAUGGCAAUUAUUAACUGGUUAAUCGUGGGAGCAUUUAUGCGCACGCCAAGCCGGUAAAAUGGAAUAUAUGCAAUUUCUAGAUAGGACAUUGAAAUGAGGAGUGAAAGAUUAAUGUCUUGGAUCUCCAAAGGUGCUCUGGGUGCAUAGUGCAUACUGAUUUGGGAAGCACUGGAAUAUUUUUGAGACAGUGUGUGCAAUGAUCAGAUGCAGGCAGGUGGGAGGUUGUACACUGCUCGCAAAGUUAAGCUGCAAAAGUAAAAUCUCAGGCACAAGCAAAUGCUGGGUGUCUGAGCUCCCUGAGAGGCUGCCACAACGCAAUCCCUACCCCCCUGAUGAUUUUGGGAGGGGGCCAAAGCCCUGUGCUCCGUGGUGGGACAGACCUGCUCUGCCAAGCGUUGCAGGAAGCAGUAGUGCUGCAUGCUAAUGAGGUGGUUUGAACUUUCAGGAAGGGGAAGAAACACCCCACCACUUGCUGACAUUCAUGGUGGGGACGAAUCACGCAGCCACCUCCUGCUCUCCUGGAGGGUGCCCUGCCUGGGGGCAGCCCCACAGCUGCUGGGGGGCGGCAGCAAACAGAGGUACCCCGGGCUGGGGAAGGAGCCGCUGGCUCUGCCACUGGGCCGUGGGGAGGAGAGUUUCUGAUCCUGUUCCUGCUGAGCUGAAUUUCUUAUUUGAAACUACUUACGUGUGACCCUGGUGGUGCUGUCUUACCUCCAGUCUGGAUCAGUACCUGCACACCACAGGCCCCAGAGAAGACCGCUGCUAACUGCUGAUCAGCUUGUCUUGAACCGGACCCUUCAGAAGGGCAAAGCAGAGGAGUCUGUGCCCAUGGGGAUCGUGGACGUACCAGGUGGGCGACAGGAAAAGUAUGUGAGCCCAGGUAGCGUGGCACUUCUCUCAUGAAGGAGCUAGUGGGGACAGAGCAAAGCUGGCCAAAGAGCUGCUGUGAAAGCCUGGGUUACCCAAAAUGUUUGGUAAAGAGUUCACUGGCAGCCCUGGGCAAGGCAGGCAGUUGGAUACAGAAAGCUCCCAGGCUGUUAACUGGCCUGCUGGCUUCUCCUCCAGCCCCUUCUCCAACUACCAGGACAAGCAGCGUUCAUAUAUAGAAACCAUUUUGCUCUCCUUGUCUUCAUCAUCCUCCUCUUCAGCGUUCUACACCACUCCUUGUCUCCAGAUGCCAGCACAGCCACUGCCACCAUGGCUUGGAGCCUCCUCAACCAUUCACCAGCCCUGAUAGACCAAACUACCAGCAUAUUCAGAGAAAUCUGCACAACUCUCCGCUGUUCAGCCUGCAGGACUUUCUCCUCAACAUUUUUCAUAGUUUGACAACACUGCUGGCAUUUCCAGGAGCGGUGGCCCAUGAGAUGGACAGUAACAGCACGUUGAAGCUUUUGCAAUCUGACAGAGGCGGGUGAAAGCAAGUUGAGGGAAAAGGCAUUCCCCUGAAGAGGAGCUGGAGAAGAGUCCUCAGUCCUCAUCUGCACUCAGUAAAGGACAGCUAGCCACGUCACUUGCUUUAGCAUAAAACCAUCCCCCCUCAAACGCCGGAGAAUCACUGGUUGUUGAACUGAUUUUCCAGGCAGCAUGGACAUCAAAGAGUAUUUCAGCAGAAUUUCUUACCAGGGACCCUACGAUAAGCUGGACCUGGCUACUCUGACAGAUCUAUUCCAGCACCACAUCCGAGCGGUCCCUUUUGAAAACCUCAGCAUCCACUGUGGGGAAAGCAUUGAGCUGGACCUGGAAGCAACUUACAACAAGAUAGUGAAGAAGAGACGCGGGGGCUGGUGCAUGGAAAACAAUCACCUUUUAUCGUGGGUCCUGAAAACCCUUGGCUAUGAUGUAACCCUUCUGGGAUCAAAAGUUUAUGUCCCGGAGUACAAGGCAUAUGCAGAUGAAAUCGAUCAUCUGCUGCUAAAAGUGGUGUUAGAUGACAAAUCCUACAUCGUGGACGGGGGGUUUGGGAUAGCCUACCAGAUGUGGCAGCCAAUGGAGUUGAUUUCGGGGACAGAUCAGCCACAGACUCCUGGGGUCUUCCGCUUCCUGGAGGAGAAGGGGGUCUGGUACUUCGAGAAGGUGAAAAGGAAGCAGUGGGUUCCCAACCAAAGUGUCUCCACUUACCACAAUGUAGACAAAGAAGUUUGCCGUCCAGUUUAUCUCUUUACCCUUCAGCCACGAGACAUCGAAGAGUUCAGAGCCUGCAACACCCACUUGCAGACAGCACCAGACUCGUUGUUUGUGACAAAGUCUAUCUGCAGCCUGCAGACUGCCGACGGCAUCCGGGCCCUGGUGGGGUGGAAACUCACCGAGAUAAAGUACAAUUAUAAGGAUAAUAUGGAUCUGGUGGAAAUCAGAAUCCUUGCAGAUGACGAAAUGGAGAAAACACUGAAAGAGAAAUUCAAUAUAACACUAGAUAAGAAAUUUGUACCCAUCAAUACAAGCAGGUUGUCUCUGUUUUAACUCAGUGUCUGAAUUAUAGUUCAAUCCAGUGGCAUUACAUGCAAUCCUUCCCCCUCUUUCUGACAAGCAUCUAAAGGUUAAGCUUUCUCUUUCCAUCUACACCUGUGUAAGGCAGAACAUAUUAGCAUGAAUCUGGAAAAGAAAUUGAUUUUCACAACUGCUGCUGCAUCUCUUUUUGGUUUGGGUACAAAUAAUUUCUUCCUAGCUCAAUCAAAUCACUCCCCUUCUGUUUGUGCUUGGCUGGAAGCAGACUCUGCCCAUUCCCUACUCCUUUCAUCUCUUAAAAGCUUUUCCAAAUACAUCCAGGGUAGCAGGGCAGAGCAACGGAGCUGUAUGUCUCUUUAUUACUUUGUGCUGCCACCUGGGGAAAAUCAUGCCCACCUCUUAAAUGAAUACCAUAUUAUUUUGGGGAAUUUAAUAGCCAGAAAAACAAAGACAUCCAGUGCUGAGUUUGCUGCAGUAAACCAAAAGCCUGUCCUUUUUGCUCUUGUAUUCACAACACCCUCUCAGGCAGCAGUUGGGCAGUCCCACGCCUGUGCUGUACUGUGAAAAUACUUACAGACUGGCUAUUUAUGGCCUCAAACUGAUGAUGAGAAAUACUAGCAGACAAUUCUGGUUUUUUUUCAGACUUCACACAACUCCCGUUCUCGCAGUGACAUAACCAAACACCAGUCUUUCUUUGAAUUGAAAGCAUCUCCCAUGCAUUUGGUUUGCUACCACCCAGCAGCAGACUGCUGAGAAUACAUGCUCCUCUCCUAAGAGUGCUCUUCCCCAAGUGUUAUUGCACAUUAAUUAUCAUGGCUGAACUCAAACACAGGCACAGACUUAUUUUUCUGAAACAUAUCUGUUCUACUGAGGAUGUGUUUGCAGUGAUACUAAUUAUAUUGAUACAAGGAGAAACGAUGAAUCUUAAUCAGAUACCUAAAGGCUAAGAUUUUUAGUAUGAGAAAUUACUCAAAUGUAAUCACUUUGCCUUUUGAGAUGAUGCUUGAUGUUCCUUUAUGUACAAAUCGUGCAAGCAUUACAACUAUGCACUUAUAAUUAAGUCAAUUAUAUGUGAAAUAAAAAAAUUAAGAAUUGUGAAGUAGAAGUAUUACAACAUGUAUUCCCAAAGUAAAAAAUUUCAGUAAUGACUGCAGUUGUCCUGAUUAUUUGUAUGCGCUAAUAUUUUGUAGCUAAGGCUUUUAAAAAUACAAUAAC